AUUUUUCAUUCAGCGGUCCGCUAUUUAAUAACAGUUGUGUAUUUAUAGGAACAUCACAGGAUGGAAAUUAUCAGAGGGAGUUUAGAUGACAUUUCCCGACCUGCAUCGGGUGAGCACACAUGUAGCCGAGUGUCCAGCGUGUCUUUGACUCAUAGUGACAGAGUCUGUCCUACAACUCCCUUUGCCCUUGUUGUUUUGAGCAACGAUGCUGCAGAUAUUCAGAUCCAGAGCAGCUGUGAGGAAACAAUCAGUUCUUCAGCCAGUGGUCCUGACCAAGGUCAGAGUCACGUUGGCGUUAUGGAUGAAGAGAGGGAAGGCUUAGAACUUCAAAGAGCCAUUAAUGAAAUGAAACAUCUCGAUGAAAUACUGUCAGAAAGGAUCUUCAAAGAAAAAGAAGCCAAACGUGAAAGAAAAGAACUUCAAACAAAACUCUGGCAAGAACUCCUGCAGAAUAAGCCCGACGGUCACUCUGAAAGUGCUCAGGAAGCUUUGAACACAAGAUUGUUUUUAGCUCUGGAGGUACCCAGUGGAACAGAAGAAGAUGAGGACGACUUUGUACCCGUCUUUGAAACACAGGUUCCUGACUGUGAUCAAGACACACACGGCCAACCUGUGGAGCAAAACGAGUGGAGUCCAGACAACUCAGAAGAAUCACUUGAGACUGGAGAGGAGCAAUUUGAAAACAGCCACUGCGGAGCUUCCAGAGGCAAGAAAAGACAGAAGGACUUUGUCAAGAGAAACAUUGAGUUAGCAAGUGGCGAUGGCAGGCAAAUGCUUUUAACCCAGGCAGAGAAACAACGCCUGGCUGAGCUCCUGCGACAAAUCGAUGAAGAGGAAGAGGACAGUGCCAGAGACGGUGACGGCGAGGAGGACAUGUGGGCUGUGUCAGUCUUGACAAGACAAGGUUACACCCCAGAGCCUUCUGACCUAGAACAGCUGAUUGACAUUGACUCCAAAAUGCGCCUCCUCCUCCCCGAUGAAGGAUUUCACUCGGUGCAAAGUUCCUACACAAACAUAAGCACGAUCCAGGGCCAUGGCUCAGAGGUUGGCUGGAAGUGCGAUGGAGACCCGCAGCCAGGAGAGAAGGUCCUGCAGGAUAGAAAGGAGAGAAGAAGGCAGGAGAGGCGGCUCCAAGAGAUCCAACAGCAGCUGGAGAUCCUGGGUCAGAGCCCGGAGAUGACUAAUCCGUCACCCACAAGUCACCCUGGUAUUAACGGCACCCGAGGUCAACCACAACAACCACAGAAUGAGUCUUCAGACCUUACGGAGGAGCAGUUACUUGAGCUGCUGGAUGAGUGUGAGCUGACUGAGAGUUGGACCCUUCAAAACGAAGACACAAUAACUGCAGCCAUAUGAAAGCCUUGCUUUGAAAAAUAACGCAUCGCUAUUAUCAGACAUCUUCUGUUCUGUUUUGAGAGAAAAUGGGAUCUAAAUCAUACUUCACCACAUCAUUGAGUUCUUUAUACGUAAUGAGCCUAUCGUGUGUUCAGUAACAUUAAAGUGUCAGCACACACAAAAAUUUGUAGUUGCAACUUUUGGUUAAGAUCACAAAUGUUAUUUUCGUCCAACUUGGUCUCUGUGUUUUCAAUACACAGAUGGAUUGAUUCCCGCUGUUCUUAACCGUGUUGACUUCUCAAUACGAGGACGAGGGGGGGCAGGACCGUUCACUGGAUUAAAUUGAACGUCUUAGAUGAGAACAGAACAUUGCCGUCAUUAAAUCUAACAACCGGGUAUUGUGGCCACAGAAUGUUCUACGACACACAUAAAAAUUAGCCAACAACUUUGUGUCUGUGGAGUGAGGCCUGCGCACAAACACGUAUUCAAAAUAAUCCUUCUUCGAUGAAAUAUGGCCUUGUGUGUUAGUACCAUGUGGUCCCACAUGCAGUGUGGUUGUAAAUGAAGGCAGAAGGAUGGUGUAUGGGUCACAGAAGUAAAUCGUCAGACCCCAUUCACUUUCAAACAUUCCUGCCAUUCCUGCCUCUAUAGGUGAUCUGCUUCACAGUGGACCAGAUUAGAAGGAUCUUCUGAAACUGGAGCCUGUGUGACCUUGUCUAAGCUUUAGGAACUUCCCUGCCAAAAGAUUGCUAUUUUCCAGAAUUAGUUUGUCUUGGAGAUUUGUGGAAGCUGUUGACACAGUCCCCAUUUGCUCCUACUUGCCCAGCGUGAGUUACUGGUGUGCACUUGGUUGACCUCGGCCCAAAAGUCCUGCCUACCCUCUCUCUCCUGGCGCUGGACACCUAUGGGCCUAUUCACCUCGCUCCUUAAGUCAGCUACACAUUCUGACCUUGUCUACUCAACAGGAAUUAUCCAACAUUCCUCUAGGUGGUAAAAUGAUUCAACCAGGUGAGCUCUCCAAGGUCGAACACAGAGGAGAGGCCUGCUAUCACAUCAUCUGUCCAGGAAUCUAAGCUGGCGCCUCAGCACGGGUCUUAAAGAGCACAUUCAAUCAAUUGCAUGGCAUGUAUUGUAUGUUGUCAUAAAUUGACCAUAAUAUGUCAUUAUCAGGCUGAACAAACAGAGACGUGGACUCAAAAGCACUCCGUUUAAACAGAAAAAACCCUUUUACUGGUCUUGAACAAAAACAGGCAACAGCACAAGGCUACAAAAGAGGUCAAAAGGCUUCUUGUAACUGAUCCUAAAUAAAGGCAAGGAUGCUUACUGGUCGACAGACAAGAGGAACUGGCAACAGACACAGGAAACAUUCAGGCUAAAUACACAGGUGCAGGGAUAAUGAUGAACAGGUGAAACACAUCAGGGCGGGGCCAGGUAAUCACAGAGGAGGGAAACUCUACAGGAAGCAGACACUGAAAGGAGAGGCAAUGGUAAUUGUUUCAAAAUAAAACAGGAAACAGUGUUU